UUUAUUAUUAUUUUUUUCCUUUCAUUGCCUCCUUCCCCUCACUCCGUCGUUCGUUCGCUCUCCCUCUCCUCGCCAUUUUCCCCUUUUCCUCUUACUCCCAAAUUUCCACUCGAUUUCGAUCUGAAAUCGGCCUCGCAAGAUCUCUGUUCUUCUUUGCCGCUUCCCGAUUCGACGGUUUCAGUUUGUUCUAUGGGCAAUUCUGGCUUUCUACAUUUAUUUUUUUUAUCGGAAAUGUUGAGUUUCUUUCUAUAAUUAAUCUUCACGGUCGCAGUUACUUUUCGAAUUUAUAGUGUUGUUUUUGAAGUUUUGUGGUUGAUUGGAGAGAUUGCAAGAUUCGGAUUAGCUUCGAGUGUUGAUCGAGAAGGUGCUGGGUUUGAAGUUUUGAAAUUUUAAGCUAGCUCUUUGGGUGAAAUCAUAGGAUUUGCCUGUUUUCCAAUUAAGUCAGUUGAAGAGAGCGGCUUUUGGGUGCGAAAGGUGGCAUUUUUACGGGAUUAAUAGAAGCAUCGGAGCAGGAGAUGGGUUGUUCGAGAGUGCUAAUUCUUUUGUUUUACGGAAGAAACUAGAGGUAGCGGAAUAAUAUCAUCGGGCAUCGUUUAUUGGGUAGUUCUUGUUGGAAGAUUUGAACAAUGUUUAACCCCGGGACAAAUCCUUCACAAGAUGCAACUGGAGCCUCAGGUGGGGUGCUAAUUCCAACGCAGUUUGUGUGGCCUUAUGGAGGGAAAAGGGUUCUUCUCACUGGCUCUUUCACAAGGUGGACUGACCAUAUAAUGAUGUCUCCUGUGGAAGGUUGUCCUUCUGUAUUUCAAACUAUAUGGAACUUGGCACCCGGCAUUCACCAGUAUAAGUUCUAUGUUGAUGGGGAAUGGCGGCACGAUGAGCGGCAACCUUAUGUGGUGGGAAAUUAUGGGAUAGUGAACACAUUGCUUCUUGCACGGGAACUUGAUCCAAGACCUGCAGUCUUAAGCCCCGAGGCAGCUGGCAGUAGAAUGAACAUGGACGUGGACUACGAAACCUUCCAACAUGCAGCUAUGUCAUCACGUGGUGCCCUGCAAGAGUCAACUUUGACGAUAUCGGAGGCUGAUAUAGAGGUCUCUCGCCAUCGUAUUUCUUCAUUCUUGUCCAGCCAUACUGCCUAUGAGUUGCUUCCAGAGUCAGGGAAGGUCAUUGCUCUUGAUGUUAAUUUGCCUGUCAAGCAAGCAUUUCAAAUCCUUUAUGAGCAGGGAAUUCCUGUGGCUCCUUUAUGGAACUCAUACCAGGGGCAAUUUGUCGGAGUGUUAAGUGCAUUGGACUUCAUAUUAAUUCUGAAAGAGCUUGGUAAUCAUGGCUCAAAUCUAACAGAGGAUGAGCUCGAAACUCACACAGUAUCUGCUUGGAAGGAGGCAAAACAACAACUCAGUAAGCAAAUGGAUCCACAUGGAAGAACAUUUCAUAGGUGGCUAAUCCAUGCUGGCCCCUAUGAUUCACUGAAAGAUGUUGCUUUGAAGAUUUUGCAAAAUGACAUUUCAACUGUUCCAAUCAUUCAUUCUUCAUCAUCGGAUGGGUUGUUUCCUCAGUUGCUGCAUAUCGCAUCCCUUUCAGGAAUACUUAAAUGUAUUUGCAGGUACUUUAGGCAUUGUUCUAGUUCUUUACCCAUUUUGCAACGACCUAUAUGUACUGUUCCUUUGGGCACAUGGGUCCCAAAAACAGGGGAGUCAAAUGGGAGACUGUUGUCAAUGUUGAGACCCAGUGCAACACUUGGUGCUGCCCUAUCUUUGUUAGUGCAAGCUGGAGUUAGUUCAAUUCCAAUAGUUGAUGACAAUGACUCUUUGUUGGAUACAUACUCUAGAAGUGAUAUUACAGCUUUGGCUAAAGAUAGAGCUUAUGCAAAGAUUCAUCUUGAUCAAAUGAAAAUUCACCAGGCAUUGCAACUUGGACAAGAUGCAAGUGCUCCAUAUGGAUUCUUCAAUGGGCAGCGGUGCCAGAUGUGUCUUCAUUCUGAUACUCUGCAGAAAGUGAUGGAGCGAUUGGCAAAUCCUGGGGUCCGGCGUGUUAUCAUUGUCGAAGCAGGAAACAAGCAUGUAGAAGGCAUUAUUUCUCUCAGCGAUGUAUUCAGAUUCUUGCUUGGUUCACCUCAAGCAUCAGCAAGUACCUUUUAAUUAUACUGGCUUGUGAUCACAUCAUUGGCCUACCAGGCAAAUGGAAUUAUUUGUCUUCAUUUCUUUCUCUUCUUAAAUUAAUAGGCCUCAUUGGUUUAGAGCCUGGUUUCUGUUGAGAAGGCAGAGGUCUGUAAAUGAGGAGUUUUCUUUUACCCCAAUUUUUCAUAAUUUUUAUUUCUAUACUUUUGUUUUUGCUGGCUUGGAUGAUUAAAUCAGACCCCAGUUCCUCAAUUCUGCAUGCUGCCAACGAAAAGGGACCAAGAAAGAAAGGGAUAAAGAUUAGAAAGUGGGAGAUGAGGCUGAAUUUGAUGUCGUCCAAAUGCUGUUGAAGUAAUUAAGUGGCAACUCACGUCAUGCUCAUUGUCUUUUGAAUUAUGUUAUUUCGAUUGACUUAUGAGAUUUAGGCGGAAUGCAAUUACCAUCUUCGCU